CAUUGUGGUCCUUUUCAACCCAGGCCAUUCUGUGAUAUUUGCAAACCUUCUGUGCUGUACAGCCUUAGGUUAAUGGGCAGAAAAUGCCAGGCAGUUUGUCCUUAGCUCAUGGAUGGAAAGCUUGAGUGAUUUGUGAUCCUCUUUUCAGAGACCCUCUUUGAACCCCUUUUGGAAUCAGAGGGGCCCCUCAGGUUUUUUGUUCUGUCUACCUUCAGAAGCUUUCCCUGCCUUGUAGCCCUGGAGCUCUUUGGAGCACUGCUUCCCUAAUUCCCUGGAGGGCAGACAGUCAGGCUUCCUGUGAAAGUGUGACUCGUUGCUCCAAGAAACAGACAGCAUUUCUGAACAGAGGUUUGAUGUGCUGUAAUAUCUAUAAUUUUGCUUUAAUACCGUUGUACAAAUAUGAAAUGCAAACCACUUGCUGUUAGCAGAGUCAGCUUGCCAGUCGGAAGCAGAUUCUGGAGUCGAUGGAGCUGGCGAGCCGAUCAGAAAUCCAGCACUUAACCAGCAAGCUGGAGAGAGCCAACGAUGCUAUCUGUGCCAACGAGCUGGAGGUGGAGAGGCUUAACAUGAGGGUGGAUGAUCUGACUGAAAACAAUCGCGUGAUUCUGGAAGACCAGCAGAGGGUUGAAGAAGAACUGAGGCAAUCCAAGAAAAUGCUUGAGGUGUUACAGGAUGAAAAGAUGGAGCUCAGAGCCACCUUGCAGUCUCAGGAGGAUUUCAUUGACAGCUCCAAGCUGCACCAGGAGCAAUUGCAGAAAGAGCUGGCCAGGGUGACUGAAACUCUUCACACAAAGGAAAUCCUCAUCAGGGCCUUGGAGGAACGCUUGCAGGAGAAGCAGUUGUCUUCUCCAGGGCUGGAGCAUGUACUCCUGCAGCUGGAUGUUGCCCAGGAGAAGGAGCAGCAGUUGCAGGCAGAGGUGACUCACCUGGAGGACAGGUAGCAGUCUGCUCGCUUCCCCCAGCUCUGCAGUGAAACCUGGAUAACAAUGUAAUGCCCAAUGUUUUGUAUUCAUCA